AUGAGAGGGAUAAUAUUAAUCCUUCUCCCGGCUGUGGUUUUCUCGCAAAGUGGUUCUGGAGGUGAAGAAGUUGUUGAAAAUGCUGAAAAUUUCAGAAGAUGUAGGUUCAUCUGUUGAAUUUCACACUGAAAUCUAUUAAUCAUUGUUUUAGUGUACGGUAUUGCGACAAAAAUUAUGGAAUUGAGUGGAAAUAUUAUGGGAAAUGGCGGCAAUGGGGGUGGAAAUGGCUACGAUGAAGUUAGACCAAGAUUCCAAGGUGUUCGAUCAUUCACAGAGGAUAAUAGUAUUUUGAGUGGUGGAUCUCAAUCUGGCGGCAUCAAUAAUAUGGCUAGAAUGUUGAAAGAAUAUCAAGGUUUACAUUAGUGAAAAACUGGAUUAUUAUAUGUAUUAUCUUUCUUUUAAAGAGGGAAACAACUUUUUUAUUGAUAAAUAAAUGAAAGUUUCAGGAAUGUUUGCCAAUGCUAAUUUUGUUCAACAAACUACGACAACUACAACCACUGAAAGACCAAAUGAUUUUAAAUCGAUUUUGGAUAGCUUUUUAGGUAAGGUAAACGUGGUAGGGAUUUAUGAAUUUUAGAAACAAGCCUGAUCAUCACAAUUAGAUUUCAGAAUUGGUUUUGUGGAAAGUAACUAACAGUCAUGCUCACUUGUACUUCUUUAAGAAAAUAUGUCAUGAAAUUCGAAUUUUUUUCAGGGACUGGAAAUUCUGGUCCAAUCACUGAUUCUGAUACACUUCCCCCACCGCCAACACCAAAACCAAGACAACGCGGAAGUUUGUUCAGCAGUUUUCUCGGCGGUGGAAAUAAUGGAGGCGUUAGCAGUUCUGGAAGUGAAAUUUUGAAUUGAACAAGUAAUUUUUAGCACAAAUUUUUGAUUUACAGAUUCAGCGCAAGCUCAAACCACAAAUGAAGCUGCCAAUCUUUUUGGAAAAUUUUUUGGGAUGAUGCCAAGGGAGACAACAACAACGACCACAACUGAGGCAACACCAGUCCAGAAGAUUAUGAAUAUGUUUGUGCCACAAUCUGAAAAUCGUGAAUCAUCUUCUUCAUCGAGUAGAGGAAAAAUCAAUUUCUUGGAAUUAUUCGGAAUGGCACCAAGGACCACCACAACAACAGCACAGCCUCCACUUCAAGCAUUGUUUGCACCAAAUAAACCAUACAAUGGCUCACCAGAAGAUCUCGAUGGUAAGUGAGAGUAUUUCUGGAAUUAAUUUUAAUCCAUAUAUUUUUAUAGGAAUCAUGAAUGCUCUUCUUCGAAGCAAUGCUCGUCCAACACGUCAAGAACCAGCUUCAAUUCUAUCGCAAUUUUUCGGAAGAAAAUAA